AUGGCCUUGAACGAUGGCCUCGCCAGGUUCAGGCUGCAGCAGGAGAGGAAUCAGACGAUUCUGUCCACAAUCGCCGCAACCAAAACCUCUGCAUCAUCAUCCACCAAUCCGUCCCGGCACCGGCAGCAACCCGCUCCAACUCCAAGGCCGGCGGCUAAGCCAUCACCGUCCGCGCCUGCUACUCUCAGAUUCUCCGACGACACGGCGCGGCUACAGAAGAUCAACGAAGUGAGGACGUCCACCGUCGGAUCACAGCUCAAAAAGGUAAUCCACCUGCUCGAGGCGACGAGGGAAGCUCUUACGUCGCGUCAGAUCAAGGAACAGAUCUACGUUGACAUCGACGGCAACAACGACGUCGCCGAGAGCCUGAGGAACAACGCCAAGGUGCGCUUCGACGGGCGGCGCUACUCCUACAAGCCCACGCACGACCUGAAGGCCAAAGGCGAGCUGCUGACACUGAUCAAGAGCUUGCCGGACGGUCUCCCGGUUUCGGAGGUGAAGGACGCCUAUCCAGCCGUGCACGACGACCUGCAGGCCCUGAAAUCUUCGGGUGAUAUAUAUCUGCUACCGGGCGAGGGAGGCAUCAUCGCGUACCCGAACGACCCGAGGUCGAGGAUGGAGGUGGACACCGAGCUCAAGAAGCUGUUCCACGACAUCAAGUUGCCGCAGGACAUGCUCGACAUCGAGAAGGAGCUCCGGAGGAACCGCGAAAAGCCGGCCACCGAUACUAUGAAGCGGCGGGCGGCUGAGCAGGUCCAUGGUCAUCAGCCGAAGCCGAAGAAGGCCAGGAAGAAGUCGCGCGGGAUCACCAGCAGGACCAAGCUCACCAACUCUCAUCUCCCGUGGCUCUUGGACCUGCCUGUGGACUCCAAAGAUAUCAUCUAG